AGUACGGAAGGGAAAGUCGGCAGGAGUGCAGCUCCGGACAGAAUUAACAGUAACACCAGCUGGAUACAUUGACAGUGUUGGUGCAUACGGAGAGAUGAAGCGGCUCUACAUCGGCGGGUUGAGCCACACGAUCACCCAGAAGGAUCUGAAGGAUCGAUUUGGAAAGUUUGGAGAUGUGGAGGAUGUGGAGCUCCGGACCAGAAGGGACGACGAGGGUGUUCCUUACAAAACCUUCAGCUACAUUAACAUCAACAUUUCAGACGCAGACCUGAAGAAAUGUUUGACGGUGCUGAACAAAUCCAAGUGGAAAGGAGGAACUCUGCAGAUUGAAACGGCCAAGGAGAGUUUCCUGGACAGACUGGCUGAGGAGCGGCAGACGGCAGCAGAGCAGCAGCUCCAGCAGCCUGCAGCUGAGGACAAGAGACAGAAGAUGCUGGACUCCCUGAGCAAAGCCGGCGUGGAGAACUUCACCAUGAAGGCUGCGGUGCCGGGGACCGAAGUACCCGGACACGAGGACUGGGUGGUCAGUAAGUUUGGACGAGUCCUCCCCGUGCUGCAGCUCAAGUGUCAGAAAGGCAGCAGAUCUCGAACCCUGAAGUACGACCCGUCCAAAUACAGCCACAACAUCCGCAAGCUGGACCGGUCCACCGCAGACCAGCCCUCCACAGACCAGCCCACACCUGUCAGCCAGCUCACCUGGGAGGUACAGGGAGGGGACGAUGACAUCAGCAAGAAGAGGCGCGGAGAGUUUCCUCCAUACGAGCCCCCGAGACGCAAGAAGAGUCGGGCCGACGCGGUGAACUCCCAGCAUGCCGAGGGCAGCGCCAGAUCUAAACAGACGGUCGACUCUGUCGUUCCCACCGAGACUCCUCAGUUCACCAACGGACACGGACCACCAGCCCUCCACAGACCGGCUCCAAGCAGGGGGCCCCCUCUGACUCUCGGUGAUAUCGAUUCAGACGAUGAAAUCCGCAGAAUGGUGUCGGUCCAGACCACCUCCCAUGAUGCACUGCAGCAGGAAGAGGACGAGGAUAAGCUGGAAGUGGUCGGACUCGAUUUCUUAGUGACGUCGGGGCGUGCUCGUCGGCAGCAGAAAGGAGGACCUGAUGACGAAGAGGAGGAGGACUGCGACUCUGCAGACACAGAUGAGCUCUUGGCCUCCAGGAAACCUCCUCCUCCUCCUCCAUCGCAGGAGAGACAGACUCUGCCCGCUGCAGGAAGCAUCAACAUCGCAGACAAGAAGAGGAAGACGAAGACGAAGAAGAAAAGUAAAGCUGAAGAGGAUGAUUCUACAGAUGCUGAAGAAGACGUCGCCUCCAUGAAACCGUCCUGCACACAGCAGAGAGGGAAGUCUGGUAAACCGAGUUCUCAGAACCAAAGUAAGAAGAUGAAAGUCCUCCCUGUCGUAAGACCCUCCUCCUCCUCCUCAGAAUCUGAUAGUGAUGAGGAGGAUGAUGAUGAAGAGGAGGAGUUAGAAUCAGCUGAUUACAGUUCAGAUUCUGAUUAUGAAGCCAUGUUUUCUAACGUCACCCGUCUGGAGAUCUCCCUGACUGAUCUACAGAGGCUAGCUGAAGAAUCCCAGGAUGCCUCCGCUGAACAAGACACUAAGCUCACAGCCGGGACGGCAGAACGACCUACUCCCAAGAAAGGCACCACGCCGGAAGAGAUCCUCGCCUCCAUCAUGGGGGAGGACAGCAGCGAGGACGAGCAGCAGAAGAAGAAGAAGAAGAAGAAAAAGAAAAGAAAAGCAGUUGAGUCCACGCCGCUGCCGGCCUUCAUGGGGUCGAGGGCGCUGAACGAGAAGUCGGGAACAGAAGGGAGACAGAAAGUGGAGGAAGAGGAGGAGGAGGAGGAGGGAGGUGAGGUUAAAAAACUGAAGUUGGACCACAGAGCAACAGGCAGCAAAAUCAGCAGACAGAAACACACAGAAACAGAGACGUCUUCAGAGAGCAGUGAGGAAGAGGAGGAGGAAGAAAAAGAGCAGGAGAAAAAGGUGAAGGUGGUGAAGAACAUGACUAAGAAAGUUGAGACAGAUUCCUCCUCUAGCAGUGAUGAGGAGGAAGAGAAGAUGAAGGUCAAUCAGUCUGAUCGUACAGCUGCAGCUUCAUCUUCAUCCUCCAGCUCCUCCGCUGAGGAAGACGAGGACGAACAAGAGAUCAUUUCUGCUAAAGAUGCUGUGAAAGCAGCGCCUCCCCCUGAUCCUCACAGUGAGUCCUCCUCCUCCAGCGAGGAGGAGGAGGAGAAGGAGGAAGAAAAAAAGCAGGCUCAUCCUCGAGUGCUGUUAGGAGCUAAGGAGGAAGAGGAGCGGCAGAGGAAGGCCAACAUGAGGAGGCUGGCUGCCGUCCAGCAGAGGCAGAAAGAGACGGAAGAACACAAGAAGCUCAUCCAGGGAGCUCUCGCCAACCUGGAUGCUCCAGCAGCAGGAGCAGGGAAACACAUCGUCUUUGGCUCUGAUGAGGAUGAAGAUGCAGAUGAGCUGCAGACGACCUCAGAGGUCACGACGCCAAAGAAGACGCUGUUACAGGACAGCCAAUCGGAGGCCGCAGGUGACGAGGACGACGCAACAAAAGAAAAGGUGCGUGCGAAGCCGUCGGGCCCUCAGCUGUUUGGCGGCAGCGAGGAUGAGGAGGAUGCUGAUGAAGAGAAGGAUGGCAGCAGGUUUGACGUCAGGCCUGAGUUUGAAGGUCGAUCAGGACACAAGCUGAUGGAGCUGCAGUCUCGCUUCGGGAGAGACGAGCGUUUCCGGAUGGACUCUCGCUUCCUGGACGAGGACGAGGACAAAGAGGAGGAGUCAGAGAAAAAGAACAUCGGGACUGAGGAAGAGGAGGCUCUGGAGGAGGAGAGGAAGAAGAGCCUGUCCAUCCUGCAGAGCGUCCUCGGCGGCAGCCAACAAACCAGCAGCAGCAAGACGGCCGGCAAGACCAAGACCUUCAGAGACGUCUCAGCGCUGCAUUACGACCCCAGCCGAGAGGAGCACGCUGCGUUUGAGACCAAAACGGACGAAACCAAGAAGGAGAGCAAGUCGGCCAGAAGGAAGAAGAGGGAGGAGGCUCAGAAGCUCCCCGAGGUUUCUAAGGAGAUUUACUACGACGUCUCCGGCGACAUGAAGGCCGUGUUUGGUCAGACGAAGGAGGACGAUGUCGCUGUGGAAGAUGAGAAGGAGAACUGGGACCAAGAGGAGGAAGAAAAGGAGGAGGAAGGAGGGAAGGAGGAACAGCCGACCCUGCAGUCAUCUCCCCUCUCCGCUGAUCCCGGCGCAGAGAAAGAGGAGGCGUCUGGAUUUAAAUUCUCCUUCUUUGGAGACGACACAGAAACAGGAAGUGGAGAGACGGAGUACAAGAUAGAGAGCAUCCAGGCGGCAAAAGUGUCAUGGCAACAAGACCCACGUUUCCGUGACAGCAGCUCAGACGAGGAUGAGGACGAGCAGGAGCAGCAGGAGGAAGAGGAGGAGCAAAGCAACGCCGCCGCAAAAACAACAGACGAGGAGACUCCCAAAAAGACCGAGAUAUUCUUCUUCCACCCUGAAGACAGCAGACUGACAGAGGGUCCCAGGUUGUUCUUUCAGUCCUCUAACCUGGAGGAGCAGAAGGAGCAGUGGGAGGAGAGGAGGACCGAGCUCAGACAGGAGUAUCGCAAGAAACACAAGGACGCCCGGAGGAAGCUGAAGUCCUCCCUGAAGAGCUGAGGAUUGUGGGAGGAGAAGUCUCUGUUUGCACUCACUGGUCUGGAUUUAAGAAUUAUUUCUCUCCUUUUGGUGCCGUUUUGUGCCCCAGACUGAUCUUAACAGUCAGCAGGAGGGACACCAAAUGGCAGCUGAAGACACAGACAUCAAGUGAAAGUUCAAGAUCAUCAGAGUAUCAGAUGUAUUUUUUCAAUUUGGUAAAUACUGUCAGAACUUCCUGUUGGUCCAUCUGGUUUGUUUUUCUGGUUAGUUAACUGCUGCACAUUAACUUGUGGACAAUCGACAGAAGCAGCCCAUCACAGCUUCAGAGGACCAAACCUGUUCCAAGAAAAUAAAUCUAUAAAAUUGUCUAAUGCAUAAAGAAAGUGCAUUAACAAUAAAAUAAAUUAAAAAAAA